GAGUGGGGAGAGCAGCACAAGAAGAAGAAGAGGAUAAGCGGGUUCGGCACGGUAUUUUUCUUCUCAGUCUCAUCUGUUUGGUUGCCGAGAAAACGAAAGGAAUUCAUGGCUUACCAACUAAUCCGUGAAUGGACUGGGAUUCAGCAAUUCCCUCUUGCUACUCGGACCAAACUGAUUGAAUUGUUGGGAAAACUAAAGCAGGAGAAUGUGAAUACAUUGACAAUCCUUGUGAUGGGAAAAGGUGGUGUUGGAAAAUCUUCAACUGUAAACUCAAUAUUAGGGGAAAGAGCUGUUACUGUCAAUGCUUUUCAGUCAGAAGGACCAAGACCUGUGAUGGUUUCGCGCUCUCAAGCAGGAUUUACAUUGAACAUCAUCGACACACCAGGGCUGGUAGAAGGGGGAUAUGUCAAUGAUCAGGCAGUUGAGAUCAUAAAACGAUUCCUUUUAGACAAAACCAUAGAUGUUCUACUGUACGUGGACCGUUUGGAUGUGUAUAGGACAGAUAACUUAGAUAAGCAAGUAGUCAAAGCUAUAACAGAUAGUUUUGGUAAACAAAUAUGGCGAAGAGGUGUAGUUGUCCUCACACAUGGUCAGCUCUCUCCACCAGAUGGAUUAAAUUAUGAAGACUUCUUCUCUAGAAGGUCAGAGGCUCUUAUGAGAGUCAUUCGUCUGGGAGCUGGGAUAAGGAAACAGGAUCUCCAGGAUUUUGCCAUCCCUGUUAUUCCGGUUGAGAAUAGUGGAAGAUGUAAUAAGAAUGAAACUGAUGAAAAGAUUCUCCCAAAUGGGACUGCUUGGAUCCCCAAUUUAGUCAAGACAAUCAUAGAUCUAGUCUCAAAUGGAAGCAACGCGAUUCUGGUUGACAAGAAGUUGAUUGAAGGACCUAACCCGAACAAGAGAGGAAAAUUCCUGAUUCCUCUCAUUGUGGCAUUCCAAUACCUUGUUGUAAAACAAAUUCAACGCACAAUCAAGGAUGAUAUCAAAAAGGAGCCUAAAGCUCCAUGGGAGUUGCGGUCAGCCAAUCUCAAGUUCUGAUUUGGCUACAACCCUCAACCAUGGUGAAAUUUCUUCCAAGUCUUCGGCAAAUGCUGCAGCUCUUCCCAGCCCAUCAGGUUCGUGUACUUGUCGUUAUUAGUUACCGUUAGGCACUGGUUAUUGGAGUCAGUGAGAGAAGUAAUCACCGGAACUUGAAAUUUUCUUCUGAGAUAAGCGGGUUUUUUUUUUUUUUUUUGUUUUUUGAUAAUCAAGACCAGUUAAUAUUUGCAUUUGGAUAAUUGAUCUUUGCUUGGUUUACCUAGUAUUUGAUAGGUGGAAAAUGAACCCACAAUGGAACUUGAAUCUGAACUAUUUUAUGAGGCUUCAUUGCCCUUUUUCAUUUCCUUUA